GGAACCCACUCGCCCCGGGAUAGCUGCACUGCUCUUUGACCAAGACUCAAGUUAGAGGACCAGGCUCUCUUGUGAGAUUUUGGAAUUUGGAACAACUUUGGAGAUUUACAAAAGUCUUGGGAAUAAUUAAGAUAGUGACUCCUAUCAUGGCACAGAGGAUAUACCAUGAGAGUGGGCAUGAAGGAAGAUCAGUCCUGGGGAUGCUUGCAGUUCAAGUGGAGAAAGACCCCAAAACUGGCGCUACCAUCGUCCGGUCUGUGACCCCUGUGUCUGGAACACCUGACUCUCAACUGGCCCCCACCAUCUUCGACGAUGGACGCAAGAGUAUCCACGCGGUCGGAGGCUCUGCUGAGCAACCGUCCAGCGAAGAAUUGGGUCAGAUACUGAGCGUAAUUGAUGGGGUUGGCAUGACGGCACUGCUGGAUGAUGUCACCAUAACACCAAAGCGAGAAAUUACGAAAGUAGAAGUUACCAAAAGUGGUCAAGGAAAGGCUGUGUCUAGCAAUCAGCUCAUGCCAUCUGUAAACAACUCCAAAGGUCCAGACUUUAAAGAAAAAGAUAGAUUUGCAAAUGUGUCAAAGACUGUAGCUGCAACAGAGGUUAGACAAAAGACAUUGGUGAUUGACAGCUCGCCCCAAGUGGAAAUGACAGAGAGUGAGAUGCUGUGUGAAGGCCCUGUUACUCUUAUGUUCAUGGGAUACACUGAUGGACGCGGAGAUGGUGAAGAUUUAGGAGUAGAAGAACCUCAGGGCAUGCUCACGGCAGAAAGAGUCAUCAUCACAGACGACGGAGAAGAACUGGUGAUAGGACCAGACUCAAUCGCUCCAUCCCAGAAACCUGCAGAAGAUAUGGCAGCUCAGAAAGCACCCAAAGAGUCCCAGGACAAAGCAGUGUUCCAGGAGGUGCCUCUGGAAGGGCAGAAGGAGCAGGUGCCACAGAAGGUAGAUGAAGGAGAGAAUGGACACCAGAAGUCAGAAAGUACGGCAGAGGGGCAGGGGAAGCCAAAACGUAAGACCUGUCAGUGCUGUACAGUUAUGUGAAGGAAAAUCUUAUGCAACUAUAUGGACUCAUUAAUGGACUAAAUCAUAAGACUGUUCUGUACCAAACUGUGCCUUUGUCAAUAGUAACAAUAUGACUAAUCCACCCACCAAGUGUCAGCUAAUGUUUGAAAUAUAUCACUGAGCUGUGAUGAUAAUGAAACAUGAAUGUAACAAAUAGUAAGCUAUUUUACCACCUGUUAUUUGUGAAUAAAUGAAAUUGGAAAAAUAUAUCCAAACAUAGGCUACUGGAAGAUUAACCGCAGUUUAAUCAAAAUUAUUAGAAAAUUGCAAAGGCUGCAACUUCUGAAGCAUCAUAACCUUCUGCACAAACAAAAAAUAUCCUGUCUUAUUCUUCAAAAACUAACCCUGUACUCUAGAUCUGUACAAACAUGUUCUAAUUUUUGUAUUAGUUUGUCAGUUCAUAUUUCAGUCUAAAAUGUGAACAGAAUCCAAUUAUUAAAACAUACAUCUAACUGCAAUUGCAAUGCUUUUCAGAAAAAACUGCAGCUACAUAUUUUCCCCCAUAAUUUUUUCAGGAGUAAAACUAAUACUCACAGAUUCAAUAUUUAUGUAACAUGAUAUAAUAUUUUGAUAAAAUGAUAUUCAAAACCUG